GUAAGAGUGAGUAAGAGAGAGAGAGAGAGUUACUCAGGUCACGAUUGAGUUCGCAGAGAGUGAGUGAACCCGGAGGAGGAAAGGAAGCCAUUUUUGGUUCCCGUCAGAGAGAAAGUAUCAUGAUCUUCCAUGACUGAAAGGAACGAAGGAAAAUAACCAGCGUGAAGAUGAUGAGAAGCAGAAGGUUACAAAACAUAAAAACCAGAAAGGUGUUGCCUCCGUGUGAUUCUACCAAGAAAGAGUUCUAAGAUCCUCUUUAGGAAUAACAGUGAUUUUUCUUUCAACUAUUCAAAAAUACUGUAAUUGGUUCUAUCAGAAUCGAAACCUGAGUUCAAGCAAUGAAUUUCUUGCAUAGUCCUAAACACAGGUUCCUCUCACCCUUUACCCUCUUCAUCCAACGCCGAUGGAAGAAACCCACCGUUUCCGCCCAAACCCGUUUGGAGGACAGAGUACGAGACCCCCACUUGGACAAACUCAUGACUCACCUCAAAAGACUCUACCUUGUCCUCGAAAUCCACCACCUCAUGUCCACACGCAAGCGCGCUCCCUUCGUCUCCCUCACCCUCAUGUCCCGCUGGAGAAACAUCCUCGGACUCAAUGUCCCUGUGGGCUCCUUCCUCCACAAAUCUCACGUGUUCCACGUGUUUGUCCACCCUUUCAGGAGGAACACGUGCUGCAGGGUCACGAAAAAGAUGAAAGAGUUGAUCUUGCUUGAAGGGGUGGUGGUGAGGCAGCAGGAGAUGGAGGCUGUGAAGAGGGUGAAGAAGCUGCUGCUGAUGUCUGUGAAUGGCACUCUUCGUUUGCACGCUUUGAGGAUGAUCAGGAGAGAACUGGGUCUCCCUGAGGAUAUCAGAGACUCCAUUCUUGGGAAAUUCAGUGGGGAUUUUAAAUUGGUUGGUUUGGAGGUUGUGGAAUUGGUUGACUGGGAUGCAGAAUUGGGAUUGGCUGAAGUUGAGCAAUGGAGUGAAAAGUACACAGAGAAGUGGUUGAGUGAGUUUGAGACCAAGUUUGCAUUUCCCAUUGGUUUCCCAACUGGGUUUAAGAUUGAGAGAGGGUUUAGAGAGAGGUUGAAGAAUUGGCAGAGGCUUUCAUACACUAAGCCUUAUGAACGGAAGGAGGUUGUUAGGGUGAGGACAUGUGGUGGGAUUGAACGGUAUGAGAAGAGGGUUGUGGCUGUUCUUCAUGAGCUAUUGAGCUUGACUGUGGAGAAAAUGGUUGAGGUUGAUCAAUUAGUUCAUUUUCGUAGAGACUUAGGUAUUGAAGUUAAUGUGCGUGAAUUGCUGCUAAGGCACCCUGGUAUAUUUUACAUAUCAACUAAAGGGAAGACUCUAAUUGUUUUUCUUAGGGAAGCAUAUCGUAAAGGGGGUUUGAUUGAACCGAAUCCCGUGUAUGAGGCACGUAGGAAUAUGUUGGAUCUUGUUCUGUUAGGCUGUAGGAAAACCAGAAAAUUGUUGGUUGGUGAUGAGGCUAAGGAAGAGAGUAAUGUUGUAGUAUGUGAAAGGAAUGAGGAAGGUGAAAGACAAGGAGAUUGGGUGAUUCCUUUCUUGGAGAACUGUGAGGAGAGUAGAUCCCCUUGAUGCUGUGUGUAAAGGUAGCAGAUGUAGGAUAUUUGAAGAGAUUAUGAAAAUGGUUUCAGGAUUUGGAGUUCAUUGCCUUCGGCUUCUAUUUCCUUGAGCAGUGUUUCAUUUGCAUUCUACUGAUCUCCUUCGAUUUUUCAUGUGGUAGCUAGAUGAAACAUACUACAAUGGUUGACAAAUAAGCACCUUUAUGUUAAAUACGUGCAAUAUCUUUACUCCAUGUGUUGUCUUUGGUUGCUAUACUAACUCAAACUUGUAGAAUUAAAGGAUUAUAAAUUAAUGAUGUUCAGUUGUCUUUCCUGUUGUAUUUGUUAUAGGAAAUUACUUCUAUUUACUUAAUAUUUAUUAAUUCAUUGCUUUCGACUCCAAAUGGAAAAUGAAAACCGAGAAGAUUAUUAAGGGGUGAGAUGGAAGAGAUGUAGGCAUAGAGAAAUCUGAAGUCUAAGUAGUGCAAUGUUACUGCUAUUUACCUUCCAAUUAAAAGCAAACAUGGUUAGACCGGCUAUGUCAUUUGCUCAAGACUGGUAUAAAUUUAUUAACAGAGCUGACAGACUACUACACUACUGUCACACAGACUGAUAGAGUCCUUAAGAUGAUAUAUGCUUGCAAGUUGCAAUAUGUUAUGCUCUGAAAUCAACAAGAACUGGUCUGGUUGACGCCAUACUUUCUGCCCCUGUCUUAGAAGUAAAUUGAUUUUUUUUUUUUUAAUUUUGUUUCUGAAAUUUAUCUCUUGCCUUUGGCAUUUUGGGUCUAUCCUCAUUGCUAAUGUUAUCAAGCUUUAUUUGUCAUUACUUUUUAUAUGGAUUCUAAAAGGAUUACUUUUUUGGUCAAUCCUUAAUUUACUUCUUGUAGCAUUGCGUGCCUAUGCUUUUCAUUCAUAUAUGUUAAUUUUGUUAAUAAAUUUAAUCUUAUUUUCUACAGCAUGCAAUAGAUCAAGUGCAGUCACUGGACUUGAAGAGGACAUUAGUCUUUACUUUUCUCGGUUUUGCUUUAAUGGGUCCAACAUUAUAUUUUUGGUAAUUCCCUAAAACCUAUGUUGGUAUCUCUGAAAGUAAACUCUUUGUAUAGCCUAAUAAGUAUGAAUUUGUGACCGUAUUUUACAUAAUAUAAUGACACAACCCAACAACAGUAGCAAUAAGAGCAAUAUGUUGUUAGGUCCUUGGUUUAGGUUUUCUUAAUAAUGUUGAUAAUAUUUAUUCAUUACCUAAUGAAUAUUAUUAGAAGAAUCAUGAAGAUUGAUUUCUAAUAUUUGUGGGCUCUAUCUUUAGGAAAUUUUCUGCCAUGGUCACAUGAGUUUGGAUGAAGGCUGAACGAUUUGUCAAGUCUGUCUCAUUCCAUUGCUCUUCCUGACAUUUUUUUUAGGUAUUUGUAUCUUGAGUAAAUUGGUGAGCAUCAGAUGCAUUUUUCCUGCUUGUACUAAGAUAUUUCUAUUGGUCCUCCAAUACACUCCCUGUCGCCACAUUGUGUCAUUAUUAAUUAAUUUUGUGCUUCUGUGUGAUAGUUUAAUUUUGAAUGUUAUGAAAUAUUUUCGUAGUUCUUAUUUUCUCCCAUAUUCAUUGGAGAUUUUUUUACCUACAUUGGUGACACUUGAGGGAAAUCCAUCACAAGCUGUAACCCAAGCUAAAACAGGUGUGUUUAAGUUACUCGCUUUUGUUAAAACGUAUUCAAAGAGUGGUUAUCAAUGUUGUCAUGUUUAUUAGUGUAUAUUCAUCUACCAAUUUCAUUUUGUAGGAGUGGUUCUCUACAGUUCAAGCAAACUGGAAGUUGUGGAUACCUUUUCAAUUUCUCAACACAACAAUUUCAGGUCCUUGCUGCUAAUGUUAUUGCUUUGGCUUGGAUGUCAUUCUCUCAUUUAAGGCACACAAAGAGGUUCUUCCAAAAUAGCUGAUGCGGCGUUGCCCACCAUGAUCUUGUUGGCAAAGGAGAGCUCCAACGAAAACUCACUCACAGUGAUCCUGCCGUGAUGCAAUCGCUGCCCACCGUUGUCGUCGAAUGAGCUCCAACGAAAACCCACGGUGACUCUGCCCUAGCCCUACCGUGACGCGUGACUGCUGCCACCGUGACUCUGUUGACAAAGGAGAGUUCCAACGGUGACCCUGCUCUGACCCUUGUCGUUGUUGCUGUAUACUGUCGAGGAGCCUGUCUUGUUCACUGCCAUACCGACCGUCGAGGUAAGUAAUGAUUCGAUUAUUGUGUUCGAGCUUUCUCUCUUUGCCUCCCCCCUCUCUGUGUUGUCUCUACCUCUCUGUCAUGUCUCUGCCUCUAUGUGCUGCUGCCUUACAUGUAUAUGGUUUUGUUUGAUCUCUGCAUAAUCAUAAUCCUGU